AAUUUGGUUCACUACUAUUUGUCUUCUAAUAAUAAAUCUUGGCCUCCUUUUUAAAAUCUAAAUGUAAGUUGUGCCUCUAAAUUUAUCACUUUUAAUCAGUACGUGGCAGUGCGUUGACUCGAAAAGGUGCAUUGUGCAAAACAUCUCUCGAUUUGUUUUAACUUUGACCUUUAUGGGAUAUUUACACGUGAUUUCCCCCCCUUUUUCGAUUAUUUGCAUUCGGAUCUAUUCGAAUAGUGAUUUCACGCAGGCUUGUUACGGUAAUCGCGGAAUUGCCACAAAAAAUGGUUUCCUCACUUUGUUAUUUCUAACGCGACGAUAAAAAUUAGUAAUUCAUCACCACUGAUAUUCCCAUCGUGACGAUAAAAAUUAGUAAUAUUUUGCUGUUUCUCAAGGCCUAUUGUUGAGUGUUUCGAAAAAAAUAAAACAUGAACCCGAUCCUAGUCGAGACUUGGUCAAACCGUCUGGUAACUUGAGAUAGAAACGUCGUGCGGUUCUAUCAAAGUCAUUGAUAACCUAAAUUAAAAAUUAGAAAAGUUUGUUAAUUUAUUUUUAUGAAAAACAAAAAGUUGUGAUGGAUUUUGACGAUAUUUUGUUAGAAUUGGGGGAGAUGGGGGCAUAUCAAAUAAAAAUUUAUUUACUUAUUUGUCUUCCUAUUAUAUUUUCGGCAGCGAAUAGUUUAACUUAUGUUUUUGUGGCUGGAAUUCCUAAUUACAGGUGUUUGAUACCGAAUUGUGAAGAUGCUUCAACGGCAGAAUACAAAGCGGAUUUUCUUCAAAUGGCGAUACCGAAUUCAAUAGAUAAUCCAAGUGACAAAUAUGUACCCACACAAUGUACCCGUUUUGAAUUAAAUGGAACGUUUCCUAAUGAUACUUGUGUGGAGCAAGCUUUUCUUCGGAAUCUUGUUGAAAAAUGCGAUAAGUGGGUCUUUGAUAACGAGCGGACUGUUGUGAACGACUUCGGAAUCACUUGCUUGGAAAAUGAAUGGAAACUUUCACUGGCGGGUGGCGCGCAUUUUUUAGGAAUACUCAUAGGAAGUGCCGUUUUUGGAUUUUUAGCCGACAAAUUUGGACGAAAACUGAUAUUUAUUUUUUGUAUUAUUUUUAUGAGCGUAACCGGUGUUUUACAAAGUAUAUCACCAAAUUAUCCAUUUUUUUUAAUUCUACUUUUUGCAAAUGCCUUUGGAACAGCUGGAGUUUAUCCACUCGCAUUUAUUUUAGGUGUUGAAUUAGUUGGACGAAGUAAACGUGAAAUAACAGCAAUAGUUUUAAAUUAUUUUUACGCUGUUGGAGAAGCUUUAGUUGGUUUAUUCGCUUGGGUAUAUCAAGAUUGGGUUCCUUUGCAAUUAACGGCUUCGGGACCUUGUUUGGUGUUUCUAUGUUAUUACUGGUUAAUUCCAGAAUCGGUGCGAUGGUUAUUGGCGAAAAAUCGAAAAUUAAAAGCGAAAGAAAUCGUUAUAGAAGCGGCCAAAUUUAAUCAAGUCGAUCUUUCUGAAAUGAUAAUGAUGUCGUUUGAAACGGACCAAAUCAAUCCCGAUGUAGCACCUCCCCAAAAAGUUGAAAAAUCUCCAUGGAUAAUGAUUAAAUAUAUUUUUAAAUCAAAAAAAUUAGUCGUGCGAUUUAUUAUUAUUAUUAUUGUUUGGACUGUGAAUGCUUUCGUGUAUUAUGGAUUAUCAAUAAAUUCCGUAAACAUAAGCGGAAAUAAAUAUUUAAAUUUCUCUUUGGUUUGUUUAAUUGAAAUUCCUGGAUAUACACUUUCAUGGAUAUCUAUGUCUAAAUUUGGAAGGAAACCCACUUUAGUUAUAUCAUUUUUACUUUGUGGGCUAACCUGUGCUGCAAAUAUUAUUCCAUCAGGUAUUACCUGGAUAGAAGUAACUUUAUUUUUAAUCGGGAAACUCAGCAUCACUUCAUCUUUUGGUGUUGUUUAUUGCCAUACAGCGGAAAUGCUUCCAACAGUUAUUAGAAGUGGUGGUGUUGGAACCGCCUCAACAACUGCAAGAAUUGGGUCAACAUUAGCACCUUUUGUGCCAUUAAUCGGAAAAUAUGUACAAGUGCUUCCAAUGAUACUCUUUGCAGGAGUCUCAAUUUUAGCUGGAUUGUUAUCGUUAAAACUACCAGAAACGUUAGGUUCUAAACUUCCUGAAACGAUCGAAGAAGCGGACAAUUUAUGAUUUGUACAAUUGCUACUUUAUUAAGUAUGUGGAAAAUUUUAGUACUCUGUUUUUGUAUCUUAAUUAUUUUUAAUAAUCAAUAAAAAAUACUUUUUUAUUUGUGUAAUCUA